UUAUCUAAUAAUAAAUAUAUUAUAUGGAAUAAUAUGAACAUUCAACGCCAAUUAAAAGAAGACUGGGACAAUAGAGAAUUGGAAUAUUCUCUUGUGGAUAAUGUUAGACAAAUCGCUGAAUUCAUUUCACAUUUUGAAUUGAGCUGUAAAAGUAAGUUGGCGGCUUUGAAUGAUUCUAUUACAUCUUUGGAACGAAAGGUGGAAUUCUUGGAAGCGGCUAUUACGAGGGGAGAAACCUUACAUUAA